AAUUUGACACAAAAUCACCAUCCAUACAAUUUCAAAACUUAAAAAUUCUAGUUACGAAAGCAUUUCUGUACAGCUUUCAAGAUGAUGAUGGAAAUGCCAGAGGUCGUUCAUUGCUUCGGCAUGUUCCCACCUAAAUACGGAUGUUUCUUAAUAUCUCUUUUUGGGAUGGGAUUCGGCGGUAUAGGCUUGGCUGGUAUCGUGCUGUACGGCCUCGUUGAAGACAGCAUCAUUAGCCAUUUCGUAAACACCUCAAAGUUGGACGACGGUUUGAAGAAAGCGACGCUACUAACUAUCGGGCUAUCUUCCCUCAUGCUUCUAAUUGGGAAUGGACUGCUCUUCCUUGGCGUAACAUUUCGUGCAAGACAAGCCGUGGAGACGUUCGUAUGGGUGAUAUUCGUGUUGAUCUCCAUCCUUACUAUCGCGGCUAUAGCAGCGCCGAUGUCAUGCUUUUUUAUAUCGGAGGCAUGUCUCAUUAAAAAAAUAUCUUCAGCGUUAAUGACAGUAUUGUAUUUGUUCUUAUUAAUUUAUUUAGAAUGUUGGGUAUAUUUUAUGGUGGUUGGUUAUAAUUUUGCGCAGUCUUUGUGAUUUAUGAAAUUUUUGUUUGCUGUUUUGUGAGUUAUACACAAUACAUAAUUGAAAUACGUAAAGAAGUUAUCUCUUGUCGUCCAUGGAAAUAUGAGUUGCUGUAACCGCCAAAUUACGAAAUUGUGUUACGUAUACAUUUUGAUUGAAAUUUCCUCAUCCUAUCCAUUGGUGUCUUUAAAAUCUUGAAAUUUCUAUAAAAAUAGCGAUUAUAUUAUCAAAAUUCAAUUCUUUCUUUUUAAUUUUAAUACAUUUUUAUGAUGGUACCUAAAUCUUAUGAAAAUUAGCUUUUGUUUAAUGUAAACAUAAGAUGAAACAAAAUCAUUAAAGUAAGAGUCAAUUUUGUAGAAAAAAAUACUUUCACUGUGUUUAUUUCUGAUUUUUACGUUAAGUUCAUCACAAAAUAUGAUCAUCAAGAUUAGUAAAUAAACAAAAUUUCAAUUCUUA